CGCCCCUCCCCAUGACUUUAAAUCCGCUGUCAGGCUGUGAUAGUAUAACUCUGGAAACAUGAAUCACACGCCAGGCACUCAGUGCAGGAGAAGGGACAGCACCGGACCGGCUCUGCACCACUGCCAUCCCACCGCCGCACCGACACACACUUCAUAAGUCUGCUGGACUCCACACUACUGCAGCACCAUUCACCCUGAGCGAAUCUCUGGACCCAGACUGCUGCAGCACCAUUCACUCUGAACGAAUCUCUGGACCCAGACUGCUGCAGCACCACUCACCCUGAGCGAAUCUGUGGACCCAUAGACCCAGACUUCUGCAGCACCACUCACCCUGAGCGAAUCUCUGGACCCAGACUGCUGCAGCACCACUCACCCUGAGCGAAUCUCUGGACCUAUAGACCCAGACUGCUGCAGCACCAUUCACCCUGAGCGAAUCUCUGGACCUAUAGACUCAGACUUCUGCAGCACCACUCACCCUGAGCAAAUCUCUGGACUUGGACCCAGCCUGCUGCAGCACCACUUCUACCCCCAUCUGCCUGCUCCUCUUCACAUUCCUUUGGAUGCCUGUGCCCAGCCUGAUACCCAUGGGACGUGUCCUGCCAAGUGUGAUGACUGCUCCUAGCUGAUCUCACCUCUCGCCUUUAAAGUUGUUUUUAUUUUAUUUUUUAUUUUUAUUUUUAUUUUUUUGGAGGGAUUUCAGCAGCCUGUUGAUAGACUACUAUCAUGGAUAGUAAUAUCUCAGCGCAGAAUGAUUCAGCCCUUAAUUCCACUAUAGGGAAUGGGACCAAAAUUAACCAGUUUAUACAGCCGCCUUGGCAGAUAGCCCUCUGGUCUGUAGCCUAUUCCAUUAUAGUCAUCGUGUCUUUGGUUGGGAAUAUCAUUGUCAUGUGGAUCAUACUAGCCCACAAGAGAAUGAGGACUGUCACCAACUAUUUCCUGGUCAACCUGGCAUUUGCUGAAGCCUCCAUGUCAGCCUUCAACACAGUCAUCAACUUCACCUAUGCCAUCCACAACCACUGGUACUAUGGACUCAUCUACUGCAAGUUCCAUAACUUCUUCCCUAUAUCUGCUGUCUUCACCAGCAUAUACUCCAUGACAGCCAUUGCCCUGGACAGGUAUAUGGCCAUCAUCCACCCCCUAAAACCAAGAUUAUCUGCCACUGCCACCAAGAUAGUUAUCUGUGUGAUCUGGAGCUUCUCCUUCUGUAUGGCAUUUCCUAUGGGGUACUACGCAGAUGUCUACCCUAUGGAGGGAGGAGACAUCUGCUAUCUUAACUGGCCCGAUUCUGAGGGGAACAGAAAGUAUGAACAAGUGUACCAGGUAUUGGUCUUCUGCCUUAUCUACAUACUGCCUCUGCUGGUAAUAGGGUGUGCUUACACUUUUAUUGGCAUGACGUUGUGGGCCAGUGAAAUCCCUGGAGAUUCUUCAGACCGCUACCAUGAGCAGGUGGUAGCCAAACGCAAGGUGGUGAAGAUGAUGAUCGUGGUAGUUUGCACUUUUGCAAUUUGCUGGCUGCCUUUUCAUAUUUUCUUCUUGCUACAGACGCUUCAUGAAAUGAACCACAGAUUCUACCAGCAGUUUUACCUGGCCAUUAUGUGGCUCGCCAUGAGCUCCACCAUGUACAACCCCAUCAUUUAUUGUUGUUUGAAUGACAGGUUCCGCAUUGGCUUUAAGCAUGUGUUUCGAUGGUGCCCAUUUAUCCGUGCGGGUGAGUAUGAAGGGCUGGAAUUGAGAUCCACACGCUACCUUCAAACACAGAGCAGCAUGUACAAAAUCAGUCGUAUUGAAACCACCGUCUCAUCUGUCCUAAACACCAACGAUGAAGAAACAGAGGAGAAUGGGAAGAGUAGCAAGCGUCUCUCCUUGGACCUCACUUCCAACGGCUCCUCUCGUAGUGUCUGUAAGACCAUGUCUGACUCAUCCAGCUUCUACUCCAACAACCUUGCAUAAAUUCAUGCCCCUUUGACAUCAGGAUUGUCCUAGUCCAAACCAUGAUUAGAAUUUCACUAGGCAUUAUAACCCCUUGUUUGGGCGACCAUUUUAUAUGUUUUUCACAGGAUACAAGUGAAAGAAAUUUUGUUUACGAUUUCAGGGUUCUUUUUUUUUUUUUUUGUUUAUCCUGAUAAUUAGAGAUGUUUACAGCCUAAAAAGGUUUCAUCCUUUUAAGAUGGGUUUAUAGAUUGCACUUGGGUAAGAACUGUACAGUAUAUGACCCAGAAGGUGCUGCCCCCUUAAUAAAUCAUCUGCAGGAUUGUGACAUGUUUACAAAUUUAAUUUCACCCUUCCCUGUUUACCAAAAGUGUACCUGUCACAAUGAACAUUGUAAGCUGCCAUAUUAUGGGCUAAAAUAACCUAUUGAAACUGGUGACAUAAUGACAGCAUGAGCUAAAUUAAUAGGAUUUAAUAACGCAAAUAAUAGCCCAGUCCAUGUAAUGGCAGCCUUCACUAGGACAACAGAUACAUUUUAAGAUGUCAUUCCAAAAAUGGACAGGUCUUUUACAAAUUCCUACAAAAUAUGAAAUAUGUGCUACUCAGGGAGUUGCCAGUGUUCAUGCAUCAGUAUGAAAAUAUCCUUGAGUAUUAUAGCUAUGAGAUUUUUCAUAUAUUUUGUUUUUAAACUUUUAGAACCCAGAUGAAAAACAAAAACAUGCUGAUUACCAGGUUUAUAUCUGCUAUUUUGUUUGAGUCUGGUGUUUAAUUUAUAAUAUAUUUUAUUUUUUCAGUAAAAACCUUUACAUGAGUCAAGAAGUACAAUGUAAAAUAAAGUGAUCUAAUAUAUUAGGGUGUUAGCUAGCCCUAAAAUAGCUAUAAAGUGAAGGAAAUUAUU